UUAAUCAUACCAACAUACCACUUCUUGGCUAUAUAUGACGACCAUCAAUGAGCGAGUACGAGCUUCCACAGGCAACCACGUGCUCCUCUUACACGAGCUCAACCAGAUUAGUUGUCAAUUCUACUCUCAAAAGUUAAAUAAAUAACUUGUUCUCUUCUAUAAAUAAGACGAGCAAUAUCUGAGGGAAAAAAAUAAUUCCUCUCGAUGUAUUAUUAAUCUUGAAAAUUAUCUUUCAAUAAAAUAACCAUGAACUAAGGUGAAUUUGCACCGAAUUAAGUUAAAUAAAUAUAUAUAUGUAUCAGUACCCUUAUUAUAUUUUAUAAUCACUACAUUUGAUAAAAUCAUAUAUUCGAUAAAAUGAAGAGCCGUUGGUGUGUGUUAAUAAAGACUUCAUACCCAAAACGACAUCCCAUGACAGAUGAGGAGGCUUUUAAACCGAAAUCCCAUCCCUCCUCAACCCUCUUCGCCCCAACCCCAAACUCCUCUGUCGUUUUUUCAAACCAAAGCCCAAAAUCACAUCCAACACCUUCAAAACUGCACCGAUUUCGUUUCCGCUACUGUCUUACAUUCCAACUUUCUCAGGUCUGGCUUGCUUACUCACACUUUCACUGCCAACCAUCUUUUGAACUGCUAUGUUAGGUUGCGCAGAAUCGACCAUGCACGCAACCUGUUCGAUGAAAUGUCCGAACCAAAUGUUGUGUCUUGGACCUCGCUUAUCUCUGGCUAUGUCAACAUGGGUCGACCUGCAACUGCUCUCUCGAUGUUUACAAAGAUGCCCGAGUGUUUGGUCACGCCAAACGAGUUCACUUUUGCCACUGCAAUUAAGGCAUGUUCGAUCUUAUCCAACCUCAAAACGGGGCAGGAAAUACACGCCCGUGUUGCAGUUUUCGGCUUUCAAUUUAACCUCGUUGUUUGCUCUUCGCUUGUUGAUAUGUAUGGUAAGUGCAACGAUGUUCACGGUGCUCGACAGGUUUUCGACUUGAUAGGUUGUGGAAAUGUCGUUUCUUGGACUUCAAUGAUCACUGCUUAUGCCCAGAAUGCAAGAGGCGAUGAAGCUCUGCAACUUUUUAGAAAAUUCAAUUAUUUGAUGUCGGAUCGUCCGAACCAUUUCAUGUUGGGUAGUGUAGUCAGUGCUUGUUCAAGCUUGGGAAGAUUAGUUUCUGGGAAAGUUGCACAUGGGGCAAUUAUUCGCGGUGGCCAUGAUUUAAGCGAGGUGGUUGCAAGUGCACUUGUUGACAUGUAUGCCAAAUGUGGAAUUCUUGAUUAUUCUGAUAAGAUCUUCAGGAGAAUCACACACACUUCUGUAGUUCCCUACACUUCGAUGAUCGUUGGAGCUGCCAAGUUUGGACUCGGGAAAAUGUCCCUUGAAUUAUUUUCAGAAAUGAUUGAAAGAGGAAUAAAGCCCAACGAUGUCACCUUUGUUGGAGUCUUGCACGCCUGCAGUCAUUCAGGACUAGUUGGUGAAGGCCUUCAACUCUUGAAUUCUAUGUUUGACAAGCAUGGGAUAUUGCCCAGCCCAAAGCAUUAUACAUGCGUUGUUGAUAUGCUUGGCCGAACUGGCCGACUUGACCAGGCCUACCAACUAGCCAAAUCUAUCCAGUUAGACCAAAAUUCAGGGGCUCUGUUGUGGGGCACACUUCUUUCGGCUAGUCGGCUUCAUGGAAGGGUAGACAUUGCAAUUGAAGCCAGUCAAAAACUUAUAGACUCCAAUCAGCAAGUUGCAGGUGCGUAUGUUGCUUUGUCAAACACUUACGUAUUGGCAGGUGAGUGGGACAAAGCUCAUAAUCUUCGGUCCAAAAUGAAGCAAAACCAGGUUCGAAAAGAACCCGGCUGCAGUUGGAUUGAGAUCAAGGAUUUAACGUAUGUGUUCUACGCAGGAGAUGUAUCAUCCUGCAAACAGGGCACUGAGGUGGUGAAUUUGUUAAGGGAAUUGGAAAGUAGGAUGACAGAAAGAGGGUAUGUAGGAGGCAGUAUUGGGUUGGUGUUUGUUGAUGUGGAGGAGGAAGCCAAGGAGGAAAUAGUGGGUUUGCAUAGUGAGAGAUUGGCUUUGGGUUUUGGGUUGAUAAAUACACCAAAAGGGGUCACCAUUAGAAUAAUGAAGAAUCUGAGAAUGUGUACGGAUUGCCAUGAGGCUUUCAAGCUUAUUAGUGAGAUUGUAGAGAGGGAUUUCGUUGUUAGAGAUGUUAAUAGAUUUCAUCAUUUUAAAAAUGGCCACUGCCUUUGCAGGGAUUUCUGGUAAUACUGUUUUAUUUCUUUUUGUUUAUGAAAUUAGUCUACAUGUGUAUUUUGUGAA